UCGACUCGGGCUAUCAAAAAGCCCCCCUACUCCAGCCGUUCACAUUAUCAUUGUACAGCCACCAUAAUAGCAGACGCUUUCCAGCUUUUGAAGUCAUUUCUACUUAUAACUUUGACUUGUUGAAUACUUGGACUUGAUGAGACACAGUAGGCCUACAGGACGAUAUGCACAGAACAGUCAAUACUUUUCUUACUAUCUUGUGCGAAAAAUAAUCAACUAAUUGGUUCUACACCGAUUAUUGAACAAAAAAUAUUCCGGAUUUAAUUUAGAAUUUUAAAAUCAAAAGAUGAUGUAUGACCAAAGACGGUUUGUAACUUGUGUUGUGGUUGGUUUACUGUUAUGUCUGGCGGUGUGUGAAUGUCGACGUAUCGAAGGGAAACAACUUCGUCGUCACAGAAAUAGAGGUCUCUUACGGUUUCCAGGAAAUGAAUCGACAACAACGAGACCGACAAGGAGCACGAAUCCGAUAUUCCGACCAUUCGGAGCAACCAAGUCAUCACGUAAACAAAACUCGGCAAUUCGCGGCAGUCGUAAAGCCGUUGUCGUAACCAAGAAGACCUAUUUACGUAAAGAAUGGUGUAAAACCCAACCGUUGAAACAAAUUAUACGGGAAAAGGGCUGUUUACGGACGACCGUUAUUAACAGUUUUUGUUAUGGGCAAUGCAAUUCCUUCUUUAUUCCCAAAUCGGACAAAUCCGACGACAAACCAACAGCAUUUAUGUCAUGUGGAUUCUGCAAGCCCCGUAAAUAUCGAUGGAUUCUUGUGACGCUGCGCUGCCCUGGAAAAAAGGGCAUGAGAUUCAAACGUAAACGGAUUAUGAGAAUUAAAAAAUGUAGAUGCAUGGCACAAGAUGUACAGUUUCCGUGAACAUUUUACAACGUUCUUGAUGACGUGAACAUUUUACAACGUUCUUAAUGACGUGAACAAUUUACAACGUUCUUGAUGACGUGAACAUUUUACAACGUUCUUGAUGACUUGUAGAUAUGUGAAGUACGAAAUACACCCAAAUGGUUGUGAUGUGACUAAAUACAAUUUGUGAUGCACUCAUUUUGCUGAACUCAAACGAGAUCAGGCGAAAUAUUUUGAAUAUUAAACAUUACGGCAGAUUGGGAAAUUUGAACAGAGUUCAUAUUGUAUGUUACUAAAUAUAGUACAGUUGUAUUUGACUCAUAAAAUAACAUUUUGACUCUCUUUUGUGAACUUAAUUCUGACCAUGUAUGGUGAACUCAAUUUUGACUUUAUACAUUGAACUGAGUUCUGAAUUUGUACACUGAACCCGUUUUGACUUUGCACAGUGAAUUACGGUUUUACUGACCUAAAAUGUGAGAUAAAUAAAUGCCCAUUGUAUUUUGACUCUAGUGAGAUACCAGUGCUGUAUGGAUUGUUUUUUUUGACUCUUAAACAGUGGAUUGUAUUUUUGACUCAGGGAAGACAUUUUAACGGGUUGUUAAUUAAAUCAUCCACAAUAACAAGCAAAAAGAAUUUGGUUUAGCUUUGAAUUGAAUUAUCUGUGUAAUAACAAGCAAACAGAACUUGGUUUAGCUUUGAAUUGAAUUGUUUGUGUAAUAAAAACUGUCAUUUAUUUCAACAGUGGAACUAAUUGACGUGGAUAAUAUCUUCAGUGCUGCCAUCUAGCGUGCUAAUUAGAUUUAUUUCCCUUGUUGAAAGAAGAAGAAGCUAUUCGGUGCCACUGAUCUAUCUUAUAUCGUUUUAGAUACACACAACCGACCUAAUGGGAAUUAAUGAACAUUCGCCAAAUUCUUAUAAAUGCUUCAUUUCCACAACUUUGAAUUUCCAUUCUUCUCAGACUAAUUCUGGUUGAAGUUUUGGCAGACGAGGCGAUUAUUUGGGCGGGAAACGUUAGUUCUUAUCGAACUUCAUCAGUUAAGUCGCCACAGCGGAGACGAAAUACCGCCAAAUGUCGACACUAUGUGAAUUGCCCUUAUCUUUAUUAACUGAUUCCUUAUCAUCCAGUCGUUUAGUUUAUCAAUGAAUUUUAUUGACAUGUGAGACUUGAUAACAGUGACGACAUGAAUGAUUGUAGCAGUCUGCGGUUAGUUAUUUUAUUUCUGUCUUUUAUACAUGUUAAAUCUAAGAUGGCGGCGUAUGGCGUGGAUCAUUAAAAUGAAAUAUAGAGCUGUGUUAGAAUGUUAAUCAAGUUUAUGCCCCAGUUGAAAUACAGAAGAAAGAGAUAAAGAGAAUUAAGAACGCGACGGCGCCUGACGUUAAACUCUCGUCCUAUUAUCACUAUUGUUACACGAGAUUGUGCGAGACAUAAUAUGCGAGAGUCAAGUGGACGUAUUAACCAACAAGUGGCGCUUUUUACCGACUACUUGACAACACAAUGCGCGAGUUAAUGGCGGGAGCGGGAUUAUAAACACGUGGGGUCGUUCUCGAGGUUUUUUCAAUUAGAAAAUCCUUUUCACUACAGAGGAUUACUGCGUACCCCAAACAAAGAUUUGUAUCAGGUUGCCUUACACAGUGUGUGGUGAUCAUCAGACGAAAGAUCAGACGUUUGACUCCAGAUUUAACGGCAAAUAACAAAUCUCUUACUGAUAGCAGACGAUAACUACAGGACAUCAUGACGUCAUCAAAAGAUCUAGUGUUUUACGCCUGACCAGAGCGAGCACUGUUGGCACCAUGUUAUUACGUCAUUUGUUUUGUUAACUAUAUAUAUAUAUAGAAAACGUUGUACUGUUCGACAUAUCCCAAGAGAUUAUUCAACCCUUUAUAAAUUCUCAAUUAAAUCAACAUUAGAGCUGGUUUUAAACAGAGAUCUAUUUUGUUCAUCCUUUCGGGUAAAACAGAGAUCCAUUUUGAUACGUUCUCUGAUUUGAAAUUAUUUUACUGCUAAAACUAUUAAAUGAUCACACAGUCGAUAAAAUUUAACCUUUGAAUUCAUUUGAUUUAAGGGGUUUUUAUGAUAUGUAUACUACAUAUUAUUUUGUACGUUAUAUCUGCAAAUAUUUAUUUACAUUGUGAAGACAGAUCUUAUUCGAAUUAAAGAUGCAUUAUGGAAGAUUUAAAUAAAGAGCUGGCUGUUCUUGCUAUAAUAGUUUUUAAAAAUAAAAAAUAAGGAAGAAUGAAAAUAUAAAACAUUUCUGAUGCAAUCUAAACAAAGGGUCACGGGUGACGUAAUACGUAAUAUUGCAGUUAAUAUUAAAGUCUCUGCGCGGUAAUUGUAUUUUUGUUAAAUAUCUCAUUUUUAACGGCGCUGACUUGGGAUGUCAAAUAUUGAUACAUUUUAAAUUCUUUAUAUCUUUGUAAAUACUGAAUGACACUGAAUCACUUUUUUUUAGAAAUUCCCCGUUCACAAUAUUGUAGUUUUCAGGGUUCUUCGACCCUCCAUUGACGCGUAGAGACUUUAAGUUACAGCAGAGUGAAGUUAUAAUGCCACACUGUGUUUUAACAGUUUAAAUUUAAUAAAUUGAAUGAUUCGACGUAGGAAUAUUUUCUACUCGUUUCUAUACAAAUGAAACAUUAAGUGUUUACCUAAAUAGCAUCAGUUAUAACGCGGUUGUUAUAGCCAUACUUAACUGUCUUGUACUCUGCGCGUUUUAUGAAAAACAUGCUAAAGUUUAGAUAGUAUUUGAAAUGCGUGUGGUACUUUCUGCCACGCGUUAUCUAAUAGGACAGUUUUAGUAUCUUGACGUAUUGCUGAGCCCCGCUAUAAUGUCAACGCUCUACUACAGCGUUAUAAGAGUUUAAUAUUACUAGCAUAGUGCGUUGUUAUAGCCGUAUUUGACUGUCUACAGACAUAUAUGCUAUAACGCCAAUGCUCUACUACAACGUUUUUAAGAGUUUAACAUUACUAGCCCUACUUUUCUGCUCCGACUGGGCAAAUGAAGACGGCGUGUUGACUGGGUUAGUUCUAAAUAAUAAGGUCAGCUUAAUUUUUCGUCAUACGUCACGAGAUAUAAACAGGGCUAGCGCUAAUCCCAACCCUAACCCUGGACCUAGCCCCAGUGCUUACCCUAACCCUAACCUACAAUCUCGCCAACAAUCACGUACCCUAACCUCAUUUACAUCUCAGCGACCUUUACAAAAAUUGAGCUGGCCUUAACAAAUAGAUUUAGCCGGCCUUAACAAAUAGAUUUAGUCGUGUUGUAAAUAUGUAAAUAUAUAAUGUACUCAAGAAACUGUGAUAUGUGUAAAUAUACGUGUUAUUAUAAUGUUUGUAUAUAUUAUAUGUAUAUAUAGCCUAUUAAAUAUCUCUAACUUAUACACUUUCAUAUAUUAUUAUUAUUAUUAUUAUACAGUGGAACAUGUCAGUCCAGUCCAACUCAAGUCGGAAAUGUUACUAAAGUUGGGUUUCAGAAGGAUUUCUACUCGUGGUCGGAUUUAACCUAUUCUGGGCCCUAUGGCCGAACUCAUCAAUGAGCCCACUAGUUGAAGACCGCUGUGAGCCUGUAAUUAUUAUGGUACAUGAACCCUUAUGGUUUUGAAUAUAUUAUAUAGUGAAAUACCUUGUGUGUACACCCAAAACAAGGUUAUACGCUGGCAUGCUCUGCGAAAACUUAGUUUCAGUGGGCUGCCCCAGGACUAGUGGACUGCGUCUGACAAAAUAAAAAGAAUUGUGAUUAAAACCUUUCUAAUUUCAAUUGUUUACCCAGAGAUCUUAGAAUAUUUAGCAAAGAGAAACCAGUCUAAAUAUUAUUUUAUUUAUAUGUAAAGGACUGGAAAAUGGCAAAAAGUGGGUUUACUAUUAAUACAAAUAUUUAUAAAUUACUGAUUUUUUUUUAUCAAAUUUAAAAACAUUAUUUUGUCGCCAUAUCUUAUUGACGUCAGCCAUUUGGUUUAAAAAAUUGACCAGCAUAAUUCCACAUGCUUAUGGACAACUACGUAGAUUGUUCAAAAAAGAGAAAAUCUCGCGUCUUGUUUACUAGUUUCUGUUUAAUCACGAUCCACUGCUAUUUGCAUGUUAUUGUCAAACUGUCUCAUGCAUAUUAUAAUAAAAUCAUGAUGGGGCUUCAA